AGUUCAGACAUUGUGAUCCAAAGUCCAAACCAAGCCAGUGAAGAUGUUCAUCCAGAGUUUUCUACUGCUAUUGGCAAUUGGUUUCCUGUCUGCAGGACGAGUUCCUCGACCGGAGGAAAGGAUUAUCGGUGGGCAGAACAUUGACAUAGAACAGGCUCCGUGGCAGGUGUCCCUACAAGUGAAAGGGCAACACUACUGUGGAGGCUCUAUUUACAGCAAGGACAUUAUCAUCACUGCUGCCCACUGCCGUUUUGAUGACAGAGAUCGCGCACUGGAGGCCAAAGAUUUCCUAAUUCGCGUGGGCUCGUCGUUGAAAAACUCUGGAGGAACCCUUGUCAAAGUGGCCGCCAUAAGAUCUCACGAGAAUUUUGAAAAUAGAAAUUUGAUCAACGACAUUGCUGUCAUGCGACUAAGUGAACCACUUAAGUUUACCAGAAAAGUACAGAGUAUCCCUUUGGCCAAGAGGAAUCCUGCUCCUAGAACAGUUGCAACGGUUUCCGGAUGGGGAGCAACAUUAGAAUUUCCCAAUUAUGGCAACCCGGUGAUGACAAAUCCUAUACAUCUUCAAGGCGUAUACAAUUAUAUAGAAAAUCGGAAAUCUUGUAGUAGGUUAUUGGCUAUGACCGAGAGUAAUAUUUGCGCUGGAACUUAUGGACAAUCGGCAUGUAGUGGUGACUCUGGUGGACCAUUGGUUGUUAACCAAAAACUUGUAGGUGUCGUCUCAAAAGGGUUUGAAUUUUGCGAUGGUUUUACAGUCUAUGAAAGUGUUCCUUUCUUUCGACCCUGGAUUCUAAAUGCCAUUGCAUCUAUUUAAAAAUAUUAUACCUUUAUCAAAAAUAUAUAUUUCUGCGAUGGACACAUAACAACUUCAAAUUUCAAAAUGUUUAACUGGCCUAUACCUUUUUAUUAAUUCGUUCCUACACUUUAAGUCAUAUAUUAAUCCAAAUAAAUACUGAAAUUACAAUACCCUA